AUGCAUCCUUUUUGUUUAGGCAGCGUAGACGUGUGGAACGACAAAGUCAUUCGAGCCGGAAUGUCUGCUCACUUUCGAGUGCCAAUUUUCCACAACUUGAGCUGGUCUGACAUUGCUCAGCGGAUCUGCUGCAACGGUAGCAACUCUUCAACAACUGAUUCUGACCAUCCAAUAGUUUACGCCGCAGACACCGCCUGCAGCUUGACAGAUAGACUGUUGCGUAAUGCCAUCGACGACAAAACCGAGUCAUAUAGAUAUGCGGCCACUUUAAGCGACAAUGCAGAUGAGGAGGUUGCUGUAGGAGACAUCCCUGUGAAUGUUCCGAUUGCAUUUCGUCGUUUCUUAUCCAAUCCGUCACCCGUUGCUUACCGCCUUCCUUUACCCGCGUGUCCCCAUUUCUCCCUGGACUAUUUCGACCACCGCUUUCCUCGCUCUAACAGUUCACAGGCUCCAAAAAUGGCUCUUGUCGUCGGAUCUGAGGCGGAGGGCCUUUCCAUGGAGUCAUAUUAUUUGACGCAUUUGACCGGCGGAUGUCGUGUUAUCGUACCUUCCUCACCGGAUACCGAAAGCCUGAAUGCGGCAUCGGCAGUUUCGAUCAUUUUGGGUGAAAUGCAACGACAAUACUUGCAGUUAUCCAUCUAAUGAUCUUUUCAUGAUCAAAUGCUGUUCAUAUUCCGUUACUGACAAAAGUUUUGACCUUACUGUGAUGGACAAAGGCCACUCAACUUUGAAAAUAGACGUUGCUUCCCCAUCUAUCCUGCUUAUGUUUCCUCGUAGACCGAUCGGCUUCGUACUCCGUAUUCCAGACUCUUGCUUCUCAUUCUCAACUUCAUCAGAUUUUCAGAGCACAAUUUCUUGACCACUUCGGCUUCCUGCCGUGCUGCAUCAUAUGUUUGUACGAAUAGAAUCCGUUUUUAAGCAC